AUGUUGAACGGAUUGUAUGAAUGUGAAAAAGGCGAUGAACUGUUCUAUGUGAGGAACGUCUAUCCACCAAUACAAGAGAUGCAACCCCGAGUGUUAGCUGUGGUGAUCGUCUUUGUUUUGUGCUUCAUUGUUGGCAUUUGUGGAAAUGCUUCUGUGUUGACAUUGUUGCGAAGUGUUUAUGAUCGACGAAUGAAACAUUAUGGAGCAAGACAGGGAGAUAACGCAAUGCUGUACAUUGGCGCAUUGGCGAUUUGCGACUUUUUGAUGUCUCUCUCUUUACCGCCGGCUAUUUUGGAUAGCAUUAUCGGUUUUUGGGUGUUCGACACGCCAACAUGCAAAUUGCAUCACGUUUUCGGCUCAGUUGGACGAAUCAUGUCUACUUUUCUCAUCACAGCUAUGUCCUUUGAUAGAUUUGUGGCCGUCUGUUAUCCACAUCGUCAAUCAUUGAGAUCACGGAAAUUUGUUCUCUGCACAAUUACAAUGUUAAUGUGGAUGGCUUUACUUCUUCUUUCCCCGAUGCUUGCCUAUGCUUCAGCUAAAGAGAUCGUGCUACAUGAGAUAAAGGCUAUCAGCUCAGAGAAUAUCACUCGUUUUCGUGUCUUUAAAUGUUCCGAUAUGAUGCCACCCGGCGUUUUCUACUAUUUCACGACGACGACUUUUGUGAUCGGUUUUAUUAUGCCUCUCGUCUUGAUCGCUUACUUCAAUCUUUUGCUCAUUCAGCGAUUGUAUGCGCACAAGAGAAUCUUGCCCCGCUCAACGAUUCCCCUUCGGAGAGUUGUCUGGUACACGAUAGGUAUCGCGGCUAUGUAUUUCAUCUGUUGGACGCCGUAUUGGUGUUCAGUAUUAUAUGCGAUCUACAUGAGUCUUUUCUCGGAUGGCGAUACUCAAUCUGGGGAUUUUAUGCUCUUUGUCAUCUAUUGUGUUCACUUAUUGCCGUAUUUGGGCUCGUCGAGUAACUGGAUUCUAUAUGGAAUGCUUAACACGCAAUUACAGUUGAAAACGGAGAGCAAUCUCGAUGAUUGUCAUUCAAUUGUCACCGUUGUUAACAAUACAAAUAAUACACACGCGCAGACAUUGGAAGUGAAAAAUAGUAGAACUUCAACAAUCGAUCAGUCGGCUGCGGUGAAUCGCUCGGUGAGCACCGAAUGGAUUGUGCUUGGAAAGAAUUGCAACUACCGUAAUGGUGGAUCACCAUCAAAUCACGCGUGCACUUCACGUAGUUGUGAAGUUUCUCUCUCGGAUCACGUCGCUUAUCAAUUGGACGGGAAAAAAUAUCCACAAAUGGUUGGCUCUAACUUAUUGCGAUUGACCGAGCGGAUAGCAUUGUCAAAUUUAAGAAUGGCUUCUGGGGUGGCAAAUUAUGCGCACGCAAAGACAGGAAACUUCACCCAAACCGAGCCAGUUCUACACAACCCUUUCCAAGAUGACCCGUUAAUGGAUCGUGUCUUGAGGCGUUUGCUACCACAAAAAGAAUACGAAAGGGUUGCUGCUGAUUUGAAUCGCUUUGGUGAUCGUGUUGUUGCGGAGAUCGACAAAAAGGGACAACAAUGUGAAAUUGAUAAACCAAGGCUUGAACAACACAAUGCAUGGGGUAAACGUGUCGACAGUCUCUGGGUUUGUCCGGAAUGGCGAGAACUGAAACAAAUGUGUGCCGAAGAAGGGAUAAUUGAAUUGGGCUAUGAUGAGAAAGUCGAUCCAGUGACGCGACGUUUACAUCAAGUUGCAAAGCUCUUCCUCUUUUCGCCGUCGGCAGGACUUGUGACUUGUCCAAUGGCUAUGACGGACGGAGCUGCUAAAACCAUUGAGGCUCUUGGGUUACGAGGCAAAAAUCAACGAGCGACGGAAGCUUAUAAUCGACUAAUUUCACGAGAUCCUUCAAAAGCUUGGACGAGUGGUCAAUGGAUGACAGAGAAACGAGGUGGUUCGGAUGUUGGAGGUGGAUGCGAUACCUACGCUGUUCACGUAAAAGACGACGAAUAUCGUUUGCACGGCUACAAAUGGUUUAGUUCAGCAAUUGACGCUGAUGUUGCUUUAACUUUGGCGCGGGUUGUAGAUGACAAAGGGGACGCAGAAAAGGGUUCAAAAGGCCUUUCAUUGUUCUUGUUGCGAAUCAAGAAGGAAGACUCUAAUGAACUUAACGGAAUACAAAUGGAAACAUCGUUGCAACAUCGUUUUUUCGGCACUCGUCAACUUCCAACUGCCGAAUUACUACUCGAUGGCGUGGUGGCUCAUAGAAUUGGAGAUUUGGGACGAGGGAUUCCUGGUAUUGCCAACAUGCUAAAUAUUACUCGAAUCCACAAUGCCGUUGCAAGUGUUGCUGCAAUGCGAAGGGUGAUUUCUCUUGCGCGUGACUAUUCUACAAGGCGAAAUGUUUUUGGACAAGCUCAAGAAAAGUGGCCGCUCCAUACGGCAACGUUGGCAAAAAUGGAGGUAGAAACGCGUGGCUGUUUCUUGAUGAUACUCGAAGCGGCAAAACUUCUUGGGAUCCAAGAGAGUGGCCAGGCAACACUCAACGACCAGAUCAUGUUACGCUUAAUUACACCUGUUUUGAAACUUUACGCUGGAAAGCAGUGUGUUCCACUUGUAAGUGAAGGUAUUGAGUGUUUCGGUGGACAAGGGUACAUCGAAGAUACUGGCCUUCCAACCAUUUUGAGAGAUGCGCAGGUGACUCCAAUUUGGGAGGGUACAACAAAUGUACUUUCGCUAGACGUACUUCGUGUGUUUUCGGGUAAAGAAAAUGUGCUCCAAGCUUUCAACCAGUAUAUCAAUGCUGCUCUCCCAACUAACGAUGAUGAAAAAUUGAAAGAAUGUGUCCUUGCGAUAAAAAAGGCCCUAAAAUCGUUUUCUUCUUUGCUUGCAAAAAUACACGAAUCCGCGCUCGACAAUAUCCGUAUUGAUGUCGGCGCCAGACAUAUCGCCUUUGCGAUUGCAAAAAUUCUAUCAGGUGCUCUUUUAAUUCAACAUGCGGCCCAUCCAACGAGUAACAGCGUCGACUAUGAAAUUGCAAAAAGAUGGUGCCUGGAACAAAAGCUCGUUGAUGUGGAAUUUGAUUGGUUUACACAUAAUCGAAUAGAAAAAGAUCGAGGCAUUGUAUUUGAAAAUUAUGCUAAUCGGAGUCGAGAUAGUAAACUU